CUUUUCGACGGCGGUGUGCGAUCUAACCUUAUCACGAGUCCGUUGUCGUGAAACUCGUUGAAAAAAACAACAUGGCGAUUGCGGUACGAUUUUCCUGAGAUUCGGAACAAGGACGUUUUUUUUUUUAAGGUUAUCUCAACCGCAACGCCUGUCACGCACGUUGCUCGCAACAGAGUAAAUUUACGCCACAGAUUAUCGCAAAAGCUGCAAAAUGGGAGCCGAACGUUUAAUUUACGUCUGCUCCCUGAUUUUGACGUUUUAUCUCUCGGCCGUCCUUUGCGAGAUCGAGCCGCGUUACGAUGAGAAGAUUCAACUGUCCGCGACGACGACGAAAUUGCCGGAGUAUGUGUCCGAAAAGCCGCAGGACCGAGUGGGCUUCCUGCACGCCUUCAUCGCGUCUUUGUCGGUCAUCGUGGUGUCGGAGCUGGGAGACAAAACGUUCUUCAUCGCGGCUAUUAUGGCGAUGAAGCAUCCGAGAUUGACUGUAUUCGUUGGCGCGAUAAGCGCUCUCGCGCUGAUGACUAUUCUGUCAGUGGUGUUUGGAUACGCUGCCACGAUAAUUCCUCGUGCGUAUACCUACUAUAUCUCCACUCUUCUCUUUGCUCUGUUUGGAUUGAAAAUGUUACGAGACGGAUAUUAUAUGUCGCCGACGGAAGCGCAGGAAGAGCUAGAAGAAGUUCAGUCUGACCUGAGAAAGAGAGACGACGAGUAUGAAAAGGAGACGACAAGUACUUUAGUUCAGGACCCCGAAACCGGAGUGAUACGCAAGACCACUAAGAGUAGCGCGCUCAUGCUGCUUUCUAGGAUAUUCUUUCAAGCAUUCACGCUCACCUUUCUCGCGGAAUGGGGCGAUCGUUCUCAGUUAACGACCAUUAUCCUCGCGGCAAGAGAGGAUGUUUACGGAGUAGUUCUAGGUGGAGUACUGGGUCAUUCGUUUUGUACGGGCUUAGCGGUUUUAGGAGGGCGUAUAAUAGCACAAAAAAUAUCCGUGAGAACAGUGACCAUUAUUGGGGGUUUGGUAUUCCUAUUAUUUGCCGUAACGGCGCUCUUCGUCAAUCCCGUAGAAGACGUUUGAGGACAUAUCUUCUUUAACUUCAGAAAUUUCUACCAGUAUUGCUUCGUAAACAUUGUAUAUGUAUCGUGUAUGUUACGAGAGUAUUGUGUAUGUACAGUAUGACCUGUUCUACGGAGUUUUUGCAAAAUCGAACGAAGUUAAGUUAGGUGCUGGCCAGUUUUAGCCAGCGAGAGAGAACUUGUGUCUUCUCAAUAUAGCUUAUAUAUAAAUUGUGUAUAUGUAUAUAAUAACGUGCUUGACUAUCGAUGAAGAAGAAAAUUACUUCGCUAACACCCAAGUGGUAAGAUGACGGUGAGGUCUUAAAAAGUCAAAUACGCCUUAAAAAUGGCUCUAACGUCAAUAAGACGUUAUUGAAAUGUCAUUUGACGUUAUCUUGUUACUUGGGCAGUUUAAUGAUUAUACGAACUUUUGAUUUCCGUAUCUACUUUUUUUAGUCAAAUUUUUUCCAUUGUUCGUAAGGACGAUCGAGAUGCCGCAUAUUCGUCGCAAAGUUCCUUUAAGUUAGAAAAUUUCAUUAUCGAUAUUUUAUAAAAGAAAAAAAUAUUUUUUUGUACUGAUAUUUUUUGUACUUGAUAAUGAUACUUCGUGAACUUUGGAACUAUCUUUUAGUAAAUGUAAUAAUAUCGAGGCGGCACUCGAAAGGCGAGGCGCACAGGAGAUUCUCGUAAUGCGAUUUUGUCGAAGUUGUGUACCUAACGUCUUGCCUGUGUGCAAACACCAAUACAUUACCCACCUGUACUUCAUAUAAAUAGGCUUAUCCGCCUGUAUUAUAUUUGUACAUGCCAUUUGUAAGAUAUAGAGAAUUGUAAUAUAUAAUGAUGUAAAACACAUAAUGAUAAUACAACAAAAUGUUGUGUCGGCGUGAUGCCGUGCCGCUUAGAUUUGACAAAGAAAUACGACAAAGGAAUGUUCGUUCACUUUUUAAUGAAACAAAAUUUCCAAUAUAAUAGAAAUUGUAAAUAGAAUUUCCUCACCAUAUGACGGUGAAAUUAUAUGGUGCAAUGAAGUUUAUCUUAGGAAAAUCUAUUUUAUAAUAUAUUGUGAGAGAGAGAAGAGUUUUAUGCGGAAAUAAUAAAUAUUGUAAAGUAGACAUGCAAAUAUAAAAAUGUGUUAUAUGAAUUUGCAAUGUUUUACGUUUUCACAAAUUUACUCGGAGAGAUUGCAAAUAUUUCGUAGAAAAUAAAAGACAUUUUGUGAACGGUAAUUGUAAAACUGAAACCUUUGAAAUCCACAGCUCGAGGCUGUCGAGUAUUAUGGACAUGUUAAUAAAGGAGAUUUCAUUCGGAAAAA